AUUGCCUUCCGUGAAAACCGUGCCGUUUCAGGCUCGCUCGCCGCCGAAUGCGGCUGGACAACUUGCCGUCGCCGUCGUCGAUGCCGCCGCUGGACGUGCCCGCCCCACCGUGUGGAAAGAAGAAGCAACAACAAAACCAUCAGCAACCGAAGCGCGACGUCCGUUCGGAAAUCGUCGUCGACUCGGCAUCCGUCAUGCCAUCGUUGGACGGGGCGCCAUCGCAAUCGACCAUGUCCCACCAACGCCAGCGUCCACAAACUCGGCCUUUACCCCAACAACACGACAUCGGGCAGUGCAUCUUUCGGGCUAUCGAAGCAAGCUUGGUCGCACCGGACGGCGAGGUCCACGUCGACACAUUUCGGUCCCACGUGGCGACGUUCCAGUGCAUCGACAUGAAAGCAACAACGCUGCUCGAGAUGAUCUCGACCGUGCGAGGGGCACACCUACCUCGGGAAAUGCUUCAAAACGCAUGGCUGCGCAUCGUCGAGGAAGAGCGACAAGACCUGCUCGAACUCAGCACGUCGACGCCGCCACGAUCUCCUCGUGCGACGUCACCUACGUCGACGCCUCGCAGUGGCCGACCAAGCACCAGCGGCGCUACGACCAAGCUGUCGCUGGCAAAGUCCAAGCGCAAGCAAGUGGAAUACGACGCCAGGCUGCUGGCAAACCGGUUGGCGCUGUUGCAGCAGGAAGAGAUCAAAGCGUGGCGGAAAAUCGAGCAAACCCGGGAGAAAGCGGCGCAGAUCCUCGAGCACCGCGAAGAGAUUUUCAAGAAGCAGCAAGACAAACACAUGCUCCUCCACGAGAAGGAGCAAAACGUCCGCGUCGCGACGAAGAAGCACAAACUUGCCGCCAAGACGUCGGUGAUUCGGAAGCGCCAAGCCGCCAUCAGCGUCAUUUCGAAAAAGUACCAAGAAGUCGAGUCGGUCAAGUUGGAGCGGAGGCGGCUCAAGCAAGCAAAGGAGCAGCAAGCGAUGGACGAAGUGAAUAAAGCCAAGGAGAAGAGGCAGCGCGUGCGGCAGCAGGAAGAUGAGAUGCGCAAGAAGAAGCUCCAGGAAAAAUUAAUGGUGGAAAAGCAAGUCGUCGCCCGAUACCGAAAGAGUGUCGAAGACGAGGAGAUGCAGCUGCGGGAGCAGCAAAAACGGGUGGCGGAGAUGGAACGCGCCGAAAUGGAGUUGAUUCAACGGCUCCAAAGCACGCAGCUCCUUCAACGACAAGCGUACGACGAGCUCGAAAAGGCGCUGGUGCGAACCGACGUGUCAACGUAACAGAGCAUGCGCGAUGAGUCCGUUGCGGCUCGUAUGGGACGGACAAAACCACGUCGUCGGGCGUCGAGAUCUAGGUACUGACGACGUGCGCGUCGCCGCAUUCGCUCUCUCUCUAUGGCCCUCGUACUCUUAAAAUUGAGCGAUCCAUUGUCCGUCGCGAA